AGUAAGGUAAAACAAAAAGGAAAACAGAAGCAUGCACUUUGUUUCUUCUACCUAUUGUCAUCAAGAAGUGGCUCUUUUGCAGCUUUUAGAGGUGAAUCCCUUUGACUGCGACCACAAGCUGGAUAGUAGCAUGAUUUAACUCUGAUUCAUGUACCUCACUGGAAUUCGAAGGUUCAACAAUAUCACUUGCCACUGAAUCUUCUGUCUUGAUGUCAUCUUCCUUUCCUGCAUACAUUCGAUGUCAACGUGUGUACACUCUGAAACUCGGUGAUCCAGGAGAGAGAAGUGCACCAUCUAUGCAAAUAACUCCAUCUUCUUCCUCAUUAUCUCCCUCAGCAUCUGUUUCUUCCGUAGCCAUCUUUUCUAUCACUGCCAUCACUGCCUCCACCACAUCCUCCUCUGGAACAACUUCCUCUAGCUGUAGUGAUUCAGGUGUUGCAUUUGCUGACCCUUCACUUUCAGCAGAUGCCCUCCUCUGAUUAUUUUUAUUGUUGGAACUGGGUCUGGCGUGUUCAUCAUCUUCAACCAGAGCCAGUGCCACCUUUGCAGGCCCUUCACUUUCAGGAGAUGCACUCUGGUCAUUUUCAUUAUAGGAAUUGGGUAUAGAAUGUCCAUCCUCUUCUACAUGAGACAGUACCUCCAUUGCAGACCCUUCAGUUUCAUAAGAUGCACUCCUUCGGUCAUUUUCAUUGUUAGGAAUGGGUCUAGAAUGUUCAUCUUCUACUCCAUCCUUGAGCAGCUGUUUCUUUGAAAGGGUUGUAAGCCCUCUGAUCUCUUCAAGCUUGCGGAAAAAUAAAGGUUCUAGCCUUUGCGGCAUCAUCAUCGGCCUUGAAGCCACACAACCCAUUACAAGGCAAAUGUACAAGAAAUGGAGAGGCUGAGAUUGAGAAGAGGGUGCAACAAAAAGGGAUGGUGAAGGAAUCAGGAUUCAACGAAGGCGAAAAUUUAAUUGCAGAAUUCCAACGGUAGUUAAGGAACGACAGCAAAUAUUUUUUAACAGAUUUGAUUAUUUGUUACAUAGUUUGUUGGUCUGUCUUCAACUUCCAUUUAAUUGCUAUUUAGGCCCAUUCUUUGUAGUCUGUCAACGUGAAAGAGUCAAAUUGUGUUUAUUACAGCUAUGCUGAUAGAGAUUAUAUUAUGAGAUGAUCUUUUGGAAAAAAGAAAAAAAAAAGUAAAAACCGAAACAAAUGCUGUUGGCAUCU